CGCUAGAGGGAGUGAAUUCUGUGGAAGGCUGGAGCUGUUUACAAGCGGAGACAGUUUGGGAGAGAAAAAGAUCAAACUUUAUCGAAAAGAGGGCAUUUGAUCCUUUUGAGAGAGAGGGGGCAGCGAGAGCGGAGGGAAACAGACCGUUGAAGACUUGGAGUCUUGUACAAUGGCAGAUACUCGACAGAACGCGUCUGGGACCAAGUACGAGUACGAUGCGCCGAGCGUGGUCAUUAACUUCACAUCCUUGGAACAUGAAGACCACGAUGCUGACAAUUGGUUUGUUACUGUGCCAGAAGAACCACUUGUAACUCCAAGAAAAGCUUUUGGAGCUUCACCCAAGUCUGAUUUACCAAAAGCUGUUGUCGCGCCAAUGGCCAAAGCUGAAAUCCAAGAAGGCACAAAGGAUGAAAGCUUUGAAGACAAAAUGUGCCCUGUUCCUUCAGCUACAGCUUCUAACUUGGUGACCUCUUGGGGUAGCAGGAAAUCUGGAGCAAGCCAGCCUGCUAAGAUGAAAGAUCCAGGAGCAAAUCCGAGAAGGGUUUCAAAAAGAUUGUCGGGACAACAAAAGGUUGAUCAUCAACGCAAGCAGAUGGCAAAAAUUCGCGAAGAAAGGCGGAGUGCUGCUAAAGAAUUCAUACCACCAGUUAAAAAGCAAAGACGGGCUACCAGUAGAGGAAAACUGAAUGAGACAUCCACUGCUGAUGACACUGUGCAGAGUAGCAUGUUACAGUCUCCCAAAUCAAAAAGCAGAAUAACCAGACCCAGCACUCCAAAUGUUCUGAAGAGGAAGAACUUGGCUUCCAAGCAUAAGAGCUCUGAGCAGCAGGAGCUUGAGAAGAUGCAGCUUCUUCAAAAGGAAGUAAUGGAGCAGCGCAAGAGAAACAGUGAAGGCCUCAAAUCAGUUAUUGCUGGCACGAGCCAACCACCUAAAAAGGUUAUUCCUGGGACUGUGCCAGUAGACUUCCAUUUCCGCACAGAUGACAGAAUAAAACCGCAUGGGGAGCAUCAUUCAGAAACCUCGUACAAAGAGUUUGAUUUUACAGCAGGGCUGCGCAAACACCCUUCUUCACCAAUGCGUUUAAAGGGCAACACCAUCCCAAAACCAUUCAAUUUGUCUUGUGGUAACAAAAGGAAGUUUGAAGAAACUACAACAGAGUAUGUGUCCAUGGCUCAACAGAUAGAAUCAUUCCAGAAACGCACACCUGCGCGCUACCAUCUGAGGAGCAGACAGAGAGAAGAACAAGGUCCAUCGCCAAUGAAGAAUAUUAAAUUAAAAAUAACAGAUCCAAAAACACCAGUACUUUUGGCCAGAGGGCGCCACAGACCAGUUACAUGCAAAAGCACUGCGGAGACGGAAGCCGAGGAGAUAGAGAAAAUGAAAAAGUAUGUAAGCUUUGUGGUCCCAGGCUCUGUUAAAUCAUGUCCCAUGGUGCUCAUUUAA